AUGCAUAAGGGCUCAAAGAAACUGAACCAGCCCUCUGAUUUCAUCAUGCAUGAUUCCUUAGGGCUCACCAUGCUAACACAGACCACAGACUUCAAUAUAGACCCGAGCUUCAGCAGGACCAUAAACCCAGACAUAGGUCCUCAGCAGCAGCACAACACUUGGACAACCACAGGUCCAGAGGUAGCAGCUGAGGUCCCUGCUCUGGUGUUUUCCAAUAUCGCGGCGGAAAUUCAGAUAUUAGUCAACCCUGUGAAUUUGCCUGAAAAUAAGCUUCCUGGGACAGAACUAAGCCGGGCUUAUGACAAAGACGUGGUUGGAAAACCAAACGCCUAUCGCUUUCUGAAUAAAACGAAACAUUUUGUCAUCGAUGCAAAUUCUGGUGUCAUCACGGCUACAAAAAUUUUUAAUUAUGAAACUGAUCCAACCAGGUUUCUGUUUAUAGUUGAUACUGGAGGGGUCAUGAGACAUGUUUUGACCAUUAAUAUAAUCGAUGUCCCAGAACCCCCGGACUGUACUGCUGACCCCCUCUUUUCUUCAGGUUCAGCUACAUUUGAAAUUGCUGAGGACCAUCCACUCUUUCGACCCAUUUAUAAAGUGAAGGCUACAGAUGAAGACAUUGCACAUGGUGACAGGUUGACUUACAGCAUUGUGACAGAGUUAUCUGGACCAAAGAGGGGAGCAAACUCCUUUGGAGUACAUCCUGUAAAUGGUGUUGUUAGCUUAAUAGGUGAAGAUGCCUUGGACUAUGAUGCUGGCUAUCAUACUUUUCAGCUAUCAGUGAGAGCAACAGAUUCAGUGGGAUUAUUCUGUCAAGGGACGAUAAUUAUCAAUAUUCGAGACAUAAAUGAUGAGAAGCCUCAAUUUGAGCCAUUUCCUAUGGAUUCAAUUAAUGUGACUGAAAAGAAACCCAUUGGAGACUUUGUAGCGAGAGUAAAAGCAAUAGACCGUGGUGAAGACAGCAGUAUUACGUAUUCUUUUAAAACCCAGCAGGAAAUGUUCGCUUUAGAUCCACUCACUGGUAUAAUCACUGUUCUUCAGUCUUUGAAUCUUGACAACCCAAGGAGCUCCAGGAAUUAUGUUUUAGAAAUAGAGGCCAGGGAUGAUGGCAACAACACCAGCUCGUACGUGUUCACCGUUUUCGUGGAGGAUGUCGAUGAUCCUAUCUCCUGUGAUCCCUAUUUUUCAACAGGUGCAGGUGUUUCAGUGUCUGUUCCCGAAAAUAUCCCUUCCUCUGCUUUCAUAUAUGCAAUUCUUUCAAGAGAUCCAGAUCUGGGACAAGAAGUUGAACUUUUCCAGUUGGUCAUCGCUGUGAGAACCAGGGACAGCCUGUCCCUGGAGUCAUGUGUUGGCACCAUCACUAUAAAUAUCCAAAAUGUCAAUGAUGAGAGUCCUGUUCUGAUAUACAGACCAGAUGCACCUAUAAAUAUUAAUGAAAAUCUGCCUGUUGGAACAAAGUUGGCCAAGUUCACGGCAACAGACAGAGAUAUAGAGGAUGCCGUACAUUAUGAAUUUAUAGGUACACAGAAAGCCUUUGCUAUAGAUGAAGACUUGGGAGAUGUCACUGUGGCCUAUCCUUUGGACUAUGAAGAUGAAACAACCCCGAAAUCUUGGGUUUUGUAUGUUAGAGCUUAUGACAGUGAGCGAACACACUCAACAACUGGGACCCUCACAGUGAUGCUGCAGGAUAUCAACGACAACCCUCCACGAUGCUCACAGGACAUUUACGUAAUUGAGCUUCCUGAGAACAUCCCAGUUGACACCACUUUAGUGUCCCUAACUUGUACAGAUCAGGAUGGAACUAUCCCCAACAACAACAUAUCUUAUCAUUUGAUUAAAGACACAUUUUCAAAUAGAACCUUUACUCUCACAAACGGUGAAUUGAAAAUUGGACCUACACAUCUAGAUUAUGAUAAUACCAUUUUUGCAGGAAUGGACUUUAAAUAUACAUUGUUUGUAAGAGUCUCUGAUGAAGGAAUUCCCGUGCUCUCAACAAUCAUUAGAAUCAUAUUAAGAGUGAACCGUAUAAAUGAAUUCAAUCCUAUUGGAACUAUGAUGUCAUUCACCUUCAGUGUAUUUGAAAAUAGCCCAAUUGAUACACUAGUUGGAAAAAUUACAUAUACCGAUGGAGACUGGCCAUUUAACAAUGUACAAUAUACCAUUGUUGGAGGCAACUUUGGAAUACUACCCAAAUUUUACAUUGAACCAGAUACAGGAAUCAUAAAGUUGUUGGACUCCCUAGACAGGGAAGCAGUUUCUCAGUAUAAGAUAGCUGUGAGAAUCAUAGAUGUGACCAACGACGCCCUUCCUGACCCUCUCAGGCAGAGAAGUGCUACUGCUCAGGUGACCGUUCAUGUUCUGAAUGUGAAUGAUGAACCUCCUGUAUGCACACCACCACACUUAGAAACUCAAAUUUAUGCCACCUUUAGGGGGCCUUUCGCUCGGCUCAGUUGUUUAGACAAGGACUCUCCCCAGGAUCAUCUCAGCUAUUCCAUCGUGGCAGGAAACACAAACAAUCAGUUCACGCUUUGGAGAGAAGGUGCCGAGUCUCCAUUUCUGGCCACCAGGCAGGAUUUCCCGUAUGAUCUCUUUCAAGGAGCUCAAGAUGCAGUGACCUUCCAGUUGCUUAUUGAAGUCACCGAUGAAUUGGGUGAGAGCGCAGCUAGUCAGCUGACGGCCACCGCUACGGUCAUCAUUCACGUGCUUCCCUGGACCACAGCACAGCCAGCUUCUUCCAGAAACACGGCUCCGACUACAAUUACUACCUCCAUCUUAAGGAAGAUUUCACACUACUGGAGGCCCGACAGCUGGUUUCCUGCGGCCCUCACUCUAAUGGGAGUGCUCUUCGUGAUGUGUCUGUAUGCAGUUGCAUGGUGCCUCUUCAAAGAUGUGCCUGCCUGCUCCCGACUGUUUCCUCACUGUUACAGACAGCAGAGCCAACCACGUCUCAGUGAAAAGGAAGUUGCACGGGUACCAAGGUAA